CUUCUCCAGCGACAGUGCGACACUUGCAGCAGUGCUUCCCCAAAGUCCCCACCUCCUCUCACCGACCCAAGCGAAGCAGAGCUCCCCGUCCGCGAUCCCCCGCCGCCGCAGCGCCGAAGGCAGCUAUGUCCAACCCCGAAUCGAGCCCCCAAGCCGCCGCAUCCACCUCGCCUACCUCCCACGCCGGUCACACCCACACCCCGCUCUGCCGUUCCUGCGGCGCCCCCGCCGCGGCGCCCACUCCCGUGCCCUGGUCCGCCGACUCCUCGCCGCCCGCGUACCGCCCCAUCCGCAUGCCGGCCAUCAACGCGCCCACCAACACGGCAGCCAUCGUCCUCUCCCCUGUGCCGCAGCCCCUCCCGGUGCCGCCCGCCUCACCGCCGUUCGCCUUCCAGGCCCCCGCCAAGCGCAUCGCGUCCCCCGAUGACAUCGCCCGCUUCCACGCCUCCCUCCACGGCCGCCACUUCCUCGGAUUCGUCGCCGCGCUCUCGGCCUCCGUCCAUGGCCGCAAGCUUUCCGACCCGCUCCCCUGCCCUCCCUCCCCCGCCGUCUCCGCGCUCCUCGACCUCAUCUCCGCGCUCUCCGCCCUUGUCGCGUCCACCCCGCCGUCGCCGCACAACUCCCGCUACGGCAACCCCGCGUUUCGCCUCUGGCACGAGAAGCUCUCGGACUCCGUCAAUGAGCUGAUCGCUCCGAUUACAGCCACCGCCGCGUCCUCCUCGGACCUCGCUGGCGCCGAGGUCGAGCUCGCGCCGUACCUUCUCGACUCCUUCGGAAACGGCUCCCGCAUCGACUACGGCACGGGGCACGAGACCAACUUCGCCGCCUUCCUCUAUUGCCUGGCACGGCUCGGUCUCAUCAACGAGCCUGAUUACCCCGCCGUGGUGCUACGCGUGUUUGCUGCCUACCUCGACCUCAUGCGCACGCUGCAGGACACCUACCUGCUGGAACCUGCAGGCUCCCACGGUGUGUGGGGGCUCGAUGAUUACCAUUUCCUGCCCUUUGUGUUCGGGGCUGCACAGCUGAUCGAUCAUAAGUACAUGAAGCCCAAAUCGAUCCACAACCCAGAUAUCUUGGAGAACUUCUCAAAGGAGUACAUGUACCUGGCGUGCGUCAUGUACGUAAAAAAGGUGAAGAAGGGGCCCUUUGCGGAGCACUCGCCAAUGUUAGAUGAUAUCAGUGGCGUGCCGAACUGGAAGAAGGUGAACAGUGGGCUGCUCAAGAUGUACAAGGCUGAAGUGCUUGAGAAGGUGCCGAUCAUGCAGCAUUUCCUCUUUGGUUCGCUCAUCAAAUGGGAGGAUUAAACUUCAAAAUCUCUGCUUUGCGGCAAAUCUCCAGCUACAGCGACCCUCGCCGUGCAAGUAACCAAGUACUCCCUAGGUGAUGCAAAGACUGAUGUAUAGCGAUGCUGCUCCGUGUCAGUAGAAGACAGAUCUAUAGAUAUUCACUUUCCACCUACAGGGAAAUGGGCUCCUGGUUAGGAGAUGUAUGAUUUCUACAGUGUUCCAGUGUAGUGUUUCAUCAGACUGCUAUGUUGCUUGAAUUCUGGGACCUGUCGCUGUCCACCUUCCGUUUCUUGAGGAUUCCCUUGAGGACAAGCUAGGAGUACUAAUAAAUACAUGACUGCAGUGAAACAAUUUCCUGUUGCAUUUUUGGUGACUGCUUAUGCCAAAGGUAACCGAGCUACCUGUAAAGCUGUGCUUACCUAAUGCUUUUAGUCAGUUUGACUGUGGAAGCACACUGGUCAAUCUAAAUCCUAACCACCAGCAGUUCGUAA